AUGGGGUUCGUACAAAAUCUCGUCAAGAGGAUACCGUCUUCAAAAGAAGACCUGCCGAAGCUCGAAGACAUCUCUCGCCGCGCAGAGAAGAUCUCUCCCCGGUUAGCCUUCUUCCGCCGUCGCAUACGUCUGAAAGGAAACUCCACCAUCUCCAUACCUUUAGGCAUAGUCCUACUGUUCCCAUGCAUUGUCAUAAUAUUAAUCCUAAUCCUCUUCGUGAGGCAUCCUCAGUCGUCGGGGAUCAUGAUGAUGCCCGCCGGAGCUCCUCCUUCAAUACGGCGGAUAAACGACAAAUAUGACAAAGUAUUCGUGAAUGGUUGCUUGGAGCCCCAGGUCAACGGACCGCGAGCAAACGCUGCCUUCGUCGUGCUAGCAAGAAACAAGGAGUUGGAGGGUGUUAUACAGUCUAUAAAGUCGAUUGAAAGGCAUUUCAACCGCUGGUUCCACUAUCCAUACGUCUUCCUCAACGACGGUGACUUCAACUCGACUUUCAAAGAGACAGUGCUAAAUCACACGAGUGGGCCAGUGGAAUGGGGAAAGAUUGGUCCGGACAUGUGGGGUUACCCAGAUUGGGUGGACAAGGCUGUUGCCAAAGAAGGUAUCCAGAAGCAGGGUGACGCUGCGAUUAUGUACGGCGGUAUGGAGAGUUAUCAUCACAUGUGCCGCUUUUACUCUGGUUUCUUCUACAAGCAUGAACUGCUCCAGAAGUACAAAUGGUAUUGGCGGCUCGAGCCAGAAAUCAAAUACUUCUGCGACAUUACAUACGACCCAUUCAUUCACAUGGAGCGCGAAGGAAAGACCUACGGGUUCACCAUCGCUGUGAAGGAACUCAAAGAGACUGUGCCCAACAUCUUCCGAUAUGCAUCAGCAUACAAGAGAAUGAACAAUCUCACGUCAAAAGGCUUGUGGGAGAUGUUCGUCGAGAAACCCAAGGAGGAGCCAAAGGAGCUUCCGAAGGACGAUCCAAAAUACAAGAAACCACUCCCGGAGGAGAUUCUCAACUCAGAACCGGGCACCGGUUCACUACCCGAUAUUGACCUGGAAGCAAUGGAGGGGGAGAAAUACAACAUGUGUCAUUUUUGGAGUAACUUUGAGAUUGCCCGCCUAGACUGGUUCCGCAGCAAAGAGUAUAACGACUUCUUUGAGAUGAUGGAUCGCAGUGGUGGAUUUUGGAUGGAACGGUGGGGAGAUGCUCCGAUCCACUCUCUCGCCGCCGGGGCGCUGUUGGGGCCGAAGGAUAUCCAUUACUUCCGCGAUUUUGGCUAUCGACACACAACAAUUCAGCAUUGCCCCGCUAAUGCACCGGCACGCCAACUCCAACGCAUCCCUUGGCUGGAGACGACGACCCUAGAUGAAAAGAAACGCAUUGAAGAGGAUGAAUACUGGGCAAGCCCCGAUCCACCAAAGGAGAACGGUGUUGGAUGCAGAUGUAAAUGUGACACAGACAUAGUUGAUGUGGAGGGCAAGCAAGGAAGCUGCCUCGCUGAAUGGGUCGAGGUUGCUGGAGGGUGGUCAUCACCUUGA